AUGACGUUCCGGCGCAAACUCGCCUACACCGCUGCCACAGCAGCCGGAGUCUCAGCAAUCGGCGGCGCAACCCUCUACAACGUCCUAAGACCUCGAGCCUACCCAGGCGACAACCCCAAACCCAUCACAAAGCCUCCAAUCUUCCCAACCUUACCAUCUCGAAAACAACAUCUCGAAAACCUACGAAAUGCAAAAGAUCCAUUCGACGUCCUCAUCAUCGGUGGUGGAGCCACCGGAUCUGGAAUCGCAUUGGAUGCUGCUUCCCGUGGAUUGACCGUUGCUAUGAUCGAGCGUGAUGAUUUCGCUGCUGGUACGAGUAGUAAAAGUACAAAACUCGUGCACGGUGGUGUUAGGUAUUUGGAAAAAGCGUUUUGGGAUGCUGAUAUAGAUCAGUAUAAUUUGGUCAAGGAGGCUUUGAAGGAACGGACGGUAUUCUUGCAUACGGCACCGCAUUUGAGUGCUUGGUUACCGAUCAUGUUACCGGUUUAUGAGUGGUGGAAGGCACCGUAUUACUGGGCUGGUACAAAGGCAUACGAUGCUCUAGCGAAGCUAAGCGGUGAGGGCAUCGAGAGCAGUUACUUCCUGACUCGAGGAAAAGCCCUUGAAGCUUUCCCUAUGCUUAAAAGAGAGAAGCUAUGCGGUGCUCUAGUCUAUUACGAUGGCGCCCACAACGACUCCCGUAUGAACGUCACAAUUGCCAUGACAGCAGCCCUUUACGGUGCCACUCUCGCCAACCAUACCAACGUAACCUCCCUCCUCAAAGACCCCAUCACCGGCCAAGUCAACGGCGCAACAGUCCAAGAUGUCCUCGACCCUUCCUCCAAACCCAUUUCCGUAAAAGCCAAAUGUGUAAUAAACGCCACAGGGCCGUACACAGAUACAAUCCGUAAAAUGGACGACGGAGAAUCUCGUGAAAUCGUUGCUCCGAGCUCAGGUGUCCACAUCGUCCUACCGGGUUACUACAGUCCUCGCAAAAUGGGUCUUCUGGACGCGAAUACCUCGGACGGAAGAGUAAUCUUCUUCUUACCAUGGGAAGGAAACACUAUCGCUGGUACAACCGAUGCCCCUACCGAAAUCGUCCAACAACCUGUUCCGAAGGAAGAAGAAAUCCAAUUCAUCUUAAACGAAGUCUCCCGUUACCUAGCACCAGAUAUCAAUGUUCGUCGCGGUGACGUUCUGGCCGCCUGGUCCGGAAUCCGUCCACUGGUCCGUGAUCCAAAGGCCAAAAACACAGAAUCCCUAGUUCGAAACCACCUGAUCGACGUCUCCAGCUCCGGACUCCUCACCAUCGCCGGUGGUAAGUGGACCACAUACCGUCAAAUGGCCGAAGAAUCUCUCGACAUAGCAAUCGAAAAAUUUGACCUAACACCCCGUCCGAAACCCCUUCCAUUCUACCCAACUUUUGUCGCCGAAAACGACGCAGACUCGGACGCCGCAUCGGCGGCAAAGGGUACCUACGGCAUGCUAGAAAUCUCAGGAGAUUGUAAUACCGAUAAAUUAAAACUCAUCGGUUCUCACGGUUGGAGUCCUACGUUGUUUAUCAAUCUAAUCCAACACUUUGGCGUGGAUACGGUAGUAGCUCAACAUCUUGCCAGUGCGUAUGGUGAUAGAGCAUGGACCGUCGCAUCUCUCUGUUCACCCACAAGCCUUCGUUUCCCGGUCCGUGGCAAUAGAAUAUCUCCACUAUACCCUUUUGUUGACGGUGAGAUUCGGUAUGCGGUACGUCAUGAAAUGGCUGAGACGGCAGUCGAUGUUAUUGCUCGACGGACACGGUUAGCGUUUUUGAAUGCUCAAGCGGCGUUGGAGAGUUUACCGUUGGUCAUUGAUACCAUGGGUGAGGAGAUGGGGUGGGGGAAGAAGAGGAAGGAGAAGGAGUGGACUGAGGCUGUGAAGUUUUUGGAGAGUAUGGGGUUGGCUGAGGGGUUACAAGGGAUCACGAGAAGUGAAGUUGAGAAGGGACGGGUGGCGCAAUGGAGUAAAGAGGUGGAAGGUGGGAUGUACAGUCGGUUUAGUGGACCAGCAGAGAGUGUAUAA